UACUACAAUUCUUGUUUUUGUUUUCUCAAUCUCUCCAUUGCGCCAUAGAUAGAUCUGAGUACCAAAUAGAAAGCAACGUAUUCUAAAGAUAAAAGAUUCUUUCUCUCCCAACAAGAGAAGUCAAUUAAUUUAUUGCUUGCCAAGGCAACCUCCCCAACUGUCAAAGAAAAAGCUUUUCCACCUUCGAAUCAGAGUCCUCAUGAAGUGAUCAAUCAUUGACAUUAAAAAAAAAAAAAAACUAGUUAAAAUCACCAUUCAUUACCCUUUACAAAUCUAGGAAAACCCAUUUUCUCAUGCUUUUUUUCUUUGCCAUAAAAAAUUGAAAACACAUAUAUCAUUUCCUUCCCCCUCUUGGCCCCUUCUCUCUCUCUCUCUCUCUCUUUAUUGUGCCAUGGCUUCAGUUUUACUCCACUCCAUGUAGAUUGUAUUUAAUGUAAUAUUUUAUAGGCCAGGGAGUCAGAAACUGCCCUUUGUUAGUUGAUCUUGCAGUUUCUUCAUGUGCUUUUCUUAGGAUACUGUUAAGCACUCCAAGAAAAUGCUCUUAACUGCUCAAGAAGGGUCCUCCUUUGCAGAAUUCCUGGUGUUUUUUUCCACAAAAGACCAGUAUUUUGGAUUUGGGUAUCUGGGUUUUUUCUAAGGAUUCCAAAUUCUUUCAAAAUACACAAGAUUUUUUUUUUUUUUUUUUUUUUUCUCUCCUGUUGGGGUUUGUGUUUGGUGGGUCUUGAAGAAUGCUUAUUGCCACUGAGGAGGAGAAGAUCUCAUUGCCUGUGGCAAAUGGUGAAGAAGUGGUGAAAAUGAAAUCACCUCUGAUGGAGUCAAAUCUGGGCUCCAUUAAUGGUAUGCCUGAAGCUUCUGAGGAGUCUCCUGCAACUUCCAUUGAUGUGAAUGUAGUUCCAGAGGAUGAUAAGCAUAAGCUUGAGCAGAGAAUCUUUACUUUAGAAGGGGAAAUUGUGAAUUUGAGACUAAAACAAAGAUCUUUGGAUGAAAGAAGAAGAGAAGCAUUGAAUAAGAUAAUAGACAUCAAAGGCUGCAUUAGGCUAUUUUGUAGAGUUAGGCCAUGUUUACCAACAGAUAAGAGGAGAAAUCAUCAACCCCUUUCAGUUGAAUCAGAGAGGAUUGUGGUUAGAUCUGGUUCAAGUAGGAAGGAGUUUGGAUUUGAUAAGGUUUUCCCCCAGGAAUCAAGCCAAGAGGAUGUGUUUGUUGAGGUUGAGCCAAUUCUACGAUCUGCGCUUGAUGGACAUAAUGUGUGUAUAUUAGCUUAUGGACAGACUGGGACAGGAAAGACAUACACAAUGGAUGGAACUAGCGAGGCUCCUGGGAUCAUACCUCGUGUUCUUGAAGAGCUGUUUCGCCAAGCCUCUUUGGAUGGCUCUACUGAUUAUACGUUUUCGAUUAGCAUGCUGGAGGUUUACUUGGGUAAUCUCCGCGAUUUGCUUGCUCCGAGGCCUUCCUCCAGAGUAUAUGCUGCAUCGAGAUGCAUUCUGAAUAUUCAAACAGAUUCGAAAGGAUCGGUUGAUAUUGAUGGCCUCACAGAAGUGCAAAUAUCGAACUUCACCAAAGCAAAUUGGUGGUACAACAAAGGGAGGCGGGUGAGAUCCACUUCGUGGACCAACGUCAAUGAAGCAUCUAGCAGAUCACAUUGCUUAACAAGGAUCACCAUAUAUCGCCCCCGUGAUGCACAAGUAACCAAACUGUGGAUGAUUGAUCUCGGGGGCAGUGAACGCUUACUUAAAACUGGAGCAACUGGACAAACUCUCGAUGAGGGAAGGGCCAUUAAUCUCUCCCUCUCAGCUCUAGGCGACGUAAUUGCAGCCUUACGAAGAAAGAAAGGCCACGUUCCUUACAGAAAUAGCAAAUUGACUCAAAUUCUCAAGGAUUCUCUAGGAAACGGUUCGAAAGUGUUGAUGUUAGUCCAUGUAAGUCCAUAUGAAGACGACAUUGUUGAGACCGUCUGUUCGUUUAGUUUCGCAAAGAGAGCAAGGGCGGUGGAGUGCAACCGAGACCUUUCAGAAGAAUCCAAGAAGAAGAAGGAGAAGAGGAUUGCUGAGCUCGAGGAGCAGAUGAUGGAAGUUGAGGAAGAAUGCGAGAACCUAAGACACCAAAUAGAAAAUGUCCAACUUUUACUAAACGAAAGCAAAAAAACUUUCUCGGUGUACUAUGAACUUCCUGAGGAUGGUGAAAAGAGCCCGAAUAGCCCAGAACAGCAAGACUUUGGUGAAAUCAUGGAAACCCCGAAAGCAUCAGAGAAAGCGACGAGAAGAAGCUCUGCAAACUCGAUGCCUCGGUUCAUGACCUCUACCAUGGCCAGUCGCCAAAGAGAGAGCGCUGCAGAGAGGCAAAUAAUUAACAGCAAACCGAAAAGUCUGAGAUCUUGGGCUAAAAGUUCAGUACAAAUCUCGGGUUCCCACUCAAUCAGCUAUUCAGAUCCCACCUCGAAACACUUUCUGAGAAACGCACACAAGAAGACUGGAUUAGGCGAGACGAACAGUAUUAUUCCUAUGGAGGAUAUGGAAACAAAACCGCGAGGCAAGGCUACUGCUGCUGCUUCGAAUCCCAACUCGAGAGUUAUGGUUUGUCACCAUAGAAGAAGGAUGUCUGAUUGCCUCUAGCUAACAUAACAUAGUGCAUAGAAUUCACAAACUUAGUAUUAACAACUUUUAGAUGGUUUUGGUUUUUUCCACAGUAAAUUAAGGUUUGUUCUUAGGAUUGGUGUGUGGUUUUGGUCAAGGAUGUUGAAUUAUUUGCUAUAUUUCACUGGUUUUGUUUCUCUGGCCUCAUACAGAUUUCAGUCAUGGUUUUUUUUUUUGUGAUUGUUGUAACUUACAUCAGACAUUGUGUAGUGUGUAUAACAAUGUUUUUUUUUUUAAUUGUA